UACUUAUCAAAGACAUUUCUUGGGAUUUAUUGCACAAACUUCAACUUUACUAUAUUUCAAAGACGCGCAUAAACAGAUGUAACCUUAAAAAGUCACAUUCUCCAAGAAUAACAAGUCGGGAUAGAUAGUGAGUCGUGAAUGAUGGAAGGAAAUAAACGGAGUAAUGCAGAUUUUAGUCAUUCCAACAAUGAAAUUGUAAAAAAACAAAAACUGGAAGCAUGUCCUCAUGCACUCAAAUGUUAUCGCCGCAAUCCACAUCAUUUCAAGGAAUAUGAUCAUCCACACUUAAAUGAAUUUUUAGAAACUACUUCACCAAAGUUUCCAAAUUCUUUUAAACAGGAGCACACUGUUUAUUUGGAACAAUUGGAAAUUCUUCGAGAAUUGAAGAAAAUAAAGCUAAAUGCAUCACAGCCAGUCAAUAUAGAACAAAAGGAAGAAGCGAAGCCAAAAACUAGUAGGAGUGUUCAAGAAGUGAUAAAGGCAACAACAUCAUCUUUCUUUAAUAAAAACAAAACCACUGCUCAUUCUCAUAAGAACAUUGUGCCUAAUAAAAUGGAUCUGAAGGGCAAAAAAGUAUUGAAGAAUGCUAAGACAAUGAAGGAAAAGUUGGAGAUUUGUGCACCAUAUAACUUAUUUUUUACAAAGGUGCCAGAAGCUGCUAAAACAAUGAAUGGUUAUAACUGCAUUUCAUUUCCAGAUUUAAUUUGUCCAAGUAUUGGAAUUCUUGAAAAAUCAUUACAACUAAAUUUUAUGAUUGAUGUUAGUUGGUUAAUUGAACAGUAUCAAGUACAUAACUUGCAUACAACCCCUUUAACCAUCGUAUACGGAUAUGAUUUCCCUAUGAUGAAGGAGUACAUCGCGAAAAAUUUGCCCAAUGUAACGCCACAUCAAGUUAACUUGAAGGAUCCGUUCGGUAUUCAUCAUUCAAAAAUUGGUAUAUAUAAAUUUGAAAACGAUAUUAUAAGAAUAGUAGUAUCAACAGCUAACUUAUACUAUGAAGAUUGGAAUCAUUACAAUCAAGGGCUGUGGUUGAGUCCUCCACUGUCCAAAAUGGACGCCGCCAAACAGGAUUUUGAAUGCGCGGGACCCACUGGUUUCAAAACCGAUUUUCUCGCAUAUUUAAAGAGUUACAAUUUGGACGUCCUAAGACAAUGGAUUGAAAUUAUAAAGAGGACGGAUUUUUCUCCAAUUAAGGUUUAUUUUGUCAGUUCAAUUCCUGGAAGACACUAUCCACGUAACAAUGGCAGUCACGUUCACCGCGUUGGCGAUUUGUUGAGCAAACACUGUUCACUUCCCGUGAAAACCACACCGGAUUCUGAGGGCGCUUUAUCAUGGGGUGUGAUUGCUCAAUCAUCCAGUUUGGGCAGUUUUGGAAAGAGCGCUGGUGAUUGGUUAAGACCAGUUUUGUUAAGGGCUUUGGCAAGUCACAAAAACUCAGUACUACCAGCUACACCCAAAGCUACUCUAAGCUUAAUCUACCCCACAGUGAAAAAUGUCUUGGGAAGUCAUUUUGGACCACAAGGUGGUGGCUGUUUGCCGUAUGGCAAAUCAGUGAAUGAUAAACAAAAAUGGUUAAAAGAAUAUCUUCAUGUAUGGAAAGCUGACACCACUGGUAGAUCGCGCGCAAUGCCCCACAUAAAGAGCUACGUGCGAGUUUCGCCUUGUAUGACAAAAUUAGCUUGGUGUUUGAUCACAAGCGCGAAUAUCUCAAAAGCAGCGUGGGGUGGCAAUUCGAAUCGUGAUGGCGGUACUUAUAUUCGAUCGUAUGAAGCAGGCAUCAUGUUUUUGCCGCAUAUGUUUGAAGAGGAGUAUUUUUAUAUUGAGCGCAAAGAGGGAGAUGAGGGUCAUUUGUUUCCGUUGAUGUACGAUUUGCCUUUGGAAGCUUAUCAAAGUGCAGACGAACCUUGGUGUAAUUAAGUUUGUAACGUUAAACAUGUGUAAGUCCUCAAGUAUGGUUUUUCUCCACGCGCUGCAUCUCCUGAACUAAUAUACUUUGCGGAAUUAAAUCCUGUAUCUCCCUGUAUCGAAAUUUAUUGCGAGAAAAUUCCGUAACGCGAGUUAUAUUGAUAGUUGUGAGUAUACGCACUUGUACUCAUUGCGCUAGGAAUUGUAGUUUUGUAUUAUAACACGCGAACGCGGUCUUACUGUAAGUUCUGAAUAAUUUUAUAAGAUGUGGAAUUUAAUUCUGCAUUUCCCUGUAAUGAAAUUUAUUACUAGAAAAUUCCGUAACGCGAGUUAUAGUGAUAGUUGUGUGUGUACGCACUUGUACUCGUUGCGCUAGGAAUUAUAGUUUUUGUAUUAUAACACGCGAACGCGGUCUUACUGUAAGUUCGGAAUAAUUUUCUUAGAUGCGGAAUUUAAUUCUGUAUCUCCAUGUAUCAAAAUUUAUUGCGAGAAAAUUCCGUAACGCCAGUUAUAUUGCUAGUUGAGUGUAUACGCACUUGUACUCGUUGCGCUAGGAGUUGUAGUUUUUGUAUUAUAACACGCGAACGCGGUCUUACUUUAAGUUCGGAAUAAUUUUAUAAGAUGCGGAAUUUAAUUCUGUAUCUCCCUGUAUCGAAAUUUAUUGCGAGAAAAUUCCGUAACGCGAGUUAUAUUGAUAGUUGUGUGUAUACGCACUUGUACUCGUUGCGCAGUACCGGCGUUAGGGCAUGGCGCGGUUGGGCGACCGCCCAGGGGUGCCGAAUCGCACUUGGCCAGUUUUUUCGUAUGGGUUUGAAUUGCAGUUAGGGGACGCCGUAGAACUCACGCCCAGGGCGCUGGUAGUGCUAAAACCGGCACUGAAUGACGUCAAUGGAAAUUAGAAGUAACGUAUUUCCAAAUUUUAAUAUUUAUUUGUUUUUAUUUAUUAUGUAGUGAAACCAUGUGAUACCGAAGUUACACAGCUAUAGAAAAUUGUUUCACCACACGUGUACAAAGACAUUUACAAAGUACCAUCUUGAUUGUAUGAUGUCCAAUAAAAGACAACUUAAUAUUAUA